AAAACUCUAAACCCAAAGCCCUAAACAUGGCAAUAAAACCCACUGUUGCCUUGCGAGCUGUACUUGUUGGAGGAAUUGCAGCGUUUGCUAAAAUCGCUGGUGCAAUGAAAGCUGCAGGUGGCGUAAAGUUAGGUGCAGCCACGGCUGCCAUGACAGCAGCAGCAACUGCAGCUUUGGCAGGAUCAAAACAAGACCAGAAGGAUGAUUCCAAACACCCUCCAAAAUGAUGCCCCUCCUGUUCUGCACCUCACACCAACAAAUCCCAAUAAUGUUUUUGGACUUUUUCCCCCCCCUCUUUGUAAUUUUGUUAGGGAGACAUAAUGUAUAAACCCCAACCCUUAGGCUUCAGCCAUAGCCAUGGUGCUAAAAUAAUAAGAGCUGGCCAGAUCUAUUUAGUUCGCAGGAUGCAUUUUACAUCUCGAUGUCAUACCGUUCCAUCAUUAUUAUACUCGGAACAUUUUUUUUAUCAUCGUUUCUGCAUUU